GCACUCCGAGUCCGCCCGAGGAGCCGGGCCCCGGCCGCUGUCCAGCCGCUCCGUGCCCCGCGCGUCCUGCGCCGCUGCCACCGCCUCUUGGGGAGACGCAGCCACUUGCCCGCCAUGGAUACUCCCAGGGUCCUGCUCUCGGCCGUCUUCCUCAUCAGUUUUCUGUGGGAUUUGCCCGGUUUCCAGCAGGCUUCUAUCUCAUCCUCCUCGUCGUCCGCCGAGCUGGGCUCCACCAAGGGCAUGCGGAGCCGCAAGGAAGGCAAGAUGCAGCGGGCGCCGCGCGAGAGUGACGCGGCCCGGGAGGGCCAGGAACCACAGCCGCCGCCUCAGGACAAACCCCGGGCUCAGCAGCCCCGGGCGCAGGAGCCGCCAGGCAGGGGUCCGCGCGUGGUGCCCCACGAGUACAUGCUGUCAAUCUACAGGACUUACUCCAUCGCUGAGAAGCUGGGCAUCAAUGCCAGCUUUUUCCAGUCUUCCAAGUCGGCUAAUACGAUCACCAGCUUUGUAGACAGGGGACUAGACGAUCUCUCGCACACUCCUCUCCGGAGACAGAAGUAUUUGUUUGAUGUGUCCAUGCUCUCAGACAAAGAAGAGCUGGUGGGCGCGGAGCUGCGGCUCUUUCGCCAGGCGCCCUCAGCGCCCUGGGGGCCACCAGCCGGGCCGCUCCACGUGCAGCUCUUCCCUUGCCUUUCGCCCCAGCUGCUGGACGCGCGGACCCUGGACCCGCAGGGGGCGCCGCCGGCCGGCUGGGAAGUCUUCGACGUGUGGCAGGGCCUGCGCCACCAGCCCUGGAAGCAGCUGUGCUUGGAGCUGCGGGCCGCAUGGGGGGAGCCGGAAGCCGGGGAGGCCGAGGCGCGCGCGCGGGGACCCCAGCAACCGCCGCCCCCGGACCUGUGGAGUCUGGGCUUCGGCCGGAGGGUGCGGCCUCCCCAGGAGCGGGCCCUGCUCGUGGUAUUCACCAGAUCCCAGCGCAAGAACCUGUUUGCAGAGAUGCGCGAGCAGCUGGGCUCGGCCGAGGCUGCGGGCCCGGGCGCGGGCGCCGAGGGGUCGUGGCCGCCGCCGUCGGGCGCCCCGGACGCCGGGCCUUGGCUGCCCUCGCCCGGCCGCCGGCGGCGGCGCACGGCCUUCGCCAGUCGCCAUGGUAAGCGGCACGGCAAGAAGUCCAGGCUACGCUGCAGCAAGAAGCCCCUGCACGUGAACUUCAAGGAGCUGGGCUGGGACGACUGGAUUAUCGCGCCCCUAGAGUACGAGGCCUAUCACUGCGAGGGUGUAUGCGACUUCCCGCUGCGCUCGCACCUGGAACCCACCAACCACGCCAUCAUCCAGACGCUGAUGAACUCCAUGGAUCCCGGCUCCACCCCGCCUAGCUGCUGCGUGCCCACCAAAUUGACUCCCAUCAGCAUCCUAUACAUCGACGCGGGCAAUAAUGUGGUCUACAAGCAGUACGAGGACAUGGUGGUGGAGUCGUGCGGCUGCAGGUAGCGGUGCCUUUCCCGCCGCCUUGGCCCGGAACCGAGGCGGGCCAAGGUCCGCCUUGCAGGGGAGGCCUGGCUGCAGAGAGGCGGAGGAGGAAGCUGGCGCUGAGGGAGGCUGAGGGUGAGGGAACAGCCUGGACGUGAGAGCCGGUGGGAGAGGAGGGAGCGCAGCCUUCCCAGUACCUUCUACCUGCCAGCCCAGAGGGAGAUAUGGAUUUUCACACCUUGCCUGGCCACCCUGGAAAAACAAGCCAAGGAGGAUUUCUUUUGUUCUGUUUUUUUUUUUUUUUUCUCUCUCUCUCUCUCUAUUACUGUGGCUUUGGAUUUCCUUAUGUGUCUUACAGGCUUUGAUAGAAGGGGGAGGGGAGGAAAGAUGCAUACCCGUUUCUCAACUGCUCCAUGGAUUGAAAAAAUAACAGUUUAAAAAGGGAAACAAUAUGGGAGGAAGAAUCACCGCUGACCGCAUCUUGAUUUGGCUGGUUUUUACAUGUGUAAAGAAGGCGGGGUCUCUGGCCAUGUCAUAGCCCGUGUCUUGUGCCCUCUCACACAGAAAGUGUUAGAUAGGGAAAUUGGCAAAAGGAAUAGUUAAGUCAGGAAUGGUCCUGCCUGUAGGAGAGCUUUGAGAGAGGUGGGCCCGCGGUCACCCAUUUGUGUACUCUGUGAGUUUACCAGCUCUGUCCUGGCCUCUUUCGGUACCAGGAACUGGCAACCUUCAUCUCACUCCUGAGGGCCCAGGUCUCUGCCUUCAUUGUUGCUUUUUCUGGUGGGGGCAAGGGGAACUGGUAUGGAUGGAAUGACAAGAAUUAGUCCAAAUGGAACCCCCUGAAGGAUAGUGAGAAACCACAAGGCCUGCCUCUGACUGGGGCUGACGCGGAGCUGCAUUAGCCCAGGCUGGAGGUAGCCCACCCAAACGCCCUUUCUGAUUCUAAUUGAUUUCUUUCAACAGAAUUUGCCAAAAUUCAGUCAUGCCCUUCUGAGGGGAAGAUGAUUUCCCAGUUCAAAAAAAUGGGCAGGAGUGGGGCACACAACAACAUAAGAGCUACAAAGGAGGGAAUAGAAACCAAGAAGUAGAAGGAGUCCCAUCAGGAGGGAAGAUGGUGGGCCUCAGGGAGGAUGAGGAUCAAGGGACAGGCCAGGAGCCAGGAGUGGGGAAGGGAGGGAUGAAAGGGGACACAAGUCCCUGUCUCUGAAGUUUCUUUAAAAUCUAAGUUCCCUCCCCUCUCUUUGACAUUCCUGAAAGAUUACCAGCCAGCAAUAGCCCAGGGCUCCCCCAAAAGAAUUGUUUCAGAUUGUAAUUAUCAGUUAGGCAAUGUUUUUAAAACUUAGUAAUGAGAAACUGUGAAAAGAGCCAAGUGUUACAUUGAGCUUGGGGUGGGAGAUGGGGAACAGGCAGUGAGGAAGGAGACAGGGGUGGAAUUCAUCUUCUGGGAGGAAGCUGGAGAGAGCACAGUGAAAUUGAAAUAUCCAUUCCCAGAUAGUCAAAAACAUGAACUUUCCCCCAGCCUGCACCAGUAUUGUUUUCAAACAUUGCCCAUGAAUAGGCCCUUUGAAGAGUUAGCUUCCUCCUCAUCUUUGACUAUAAAAUUGUUUAAUCAAUGGAAUUUGUACCAGCCCUUAAAAAAAGUUUUAGUUUUUCCUAAGUGAUUUUGCUCUCUUCCAAUCUAAACCUGUUGCUUGUUUGGUUCAGAGAACUACAAACUGUCAAAGAAAGGGUGGGGAUGAUAAGAAAUGCUAAUAUAAAAAUGCUAAGUGAAAAAAAGACUUGGCCAGGAGAAAUAAUUUAAAAUGCACAUUUGCUUUGGAUGCACUGUUGUUUUGUUAAGGCUGUAUAUAUUUGUUUAUUUAAGGUGACUGAAAGUGCAAAGAGGA